AAGAUUUCCAGCCAAUCAAUAUAAAACAUGUAUGUAUAGGUAACAAAAUCUGACACAAAAACAUAACCACCCAUGGCUUUGUUAUCCACUCCAUCAUCAACAAGCACCACCCCACACCACUAUCUGCCUAAACUCUUCCCCUCUCACUCCUCCUCCUCCUCCUCCUCCCUUCCCACCAUCACUUUUCCGGCGAAACCCAUCACCACCCACCACCUUUCACCACCACCCAUUACAAAAUUUAGAACUAAUGUAUCUUUUUUCACAGAUUUUUUGAACAAACCCUCCAAAAAUGUAGAAUCCAUUAAACAAGAGCUUCUUGAUGCCAUUGAUCCUCUUGACCGUGGUGCUGAUGCUUCCCUUGAAGAUCAACAAUCCAUUGAGCAGAUAGUUCGAAAACUUGAAGCAGCAAAUCCAACAAAGGAGCCGCUCAAGUCUCCAUUACUUAACGGGAAAUGGGAACUCAUAUACACCACCUCACAAUCGAUUCUGCAAACUAAGAGACCCAAGUUCCUUAGGUCGCGUGUAAACUAUCAAGCGAUUAAUGCAGACACACUUAGAGCUCAAAAUCUGGAAUCAUUCCCCACCUUUAACCAGGUUACAGCGGAUCUAACACCAGUGAACUCCAAAAAGGUGGCUGUCAAAUUUGAUUAUUUCAAGAUUUUUGGAUUGAUACCCGUUAAAGCGCCAGAGACAGCUGUAGGUUCACUUGAAGUAACUUACUUGGAUGAAGAGUUGAGGGUAUCAAGAGGUGACAAAGGAAACUUGUUCGUUUUAAGGAUGGUCGAUCCCUCUUAUCAAGUACCCGUGUGAUGUAGGCUCAUAACAUGGCACGUAGUCGGGGUUUCUGAAAGAUGUAUGACAUUGUCAAGAAUAUUUUGAAGUCAAGUUGUAGUUCGGUGAAUAUACAUAUAGAGGAUCGAUCCUAAUAUCCCUUCGCCAUACAAUAAAUUCUAUUACAUUGUAAAAUACCAUCAGACAAUAAUUUGUAAUCCACUGGCCAAACCUUUCACUUCUUCUGUAUUAAAAGGAUGAUUAAGUGUAUAAUGAUUCAUAUGAACAAGUUUAAGCAUAUUUUUUGUUGGAGAAUAUGAAGAAAAUUGCCUGCA